AGCAGAGUGCUGAUGUCAACGGGCCGGCCAAUCAGAAGAGCUGCGACGGAGAAGAGCGGCACGAGACGAUGACGGGGGCGAAUGAGUUCAAGUUGACCCAGGGUCCAGAGGACAGCAUCUCUGCUGUGAAGUUCAGUCCCACAUCACCUCAGUUUCUGCUGGUGUCAUCAUGGGACUGUACGGUUCGUCUGUAUGACGUCAGCGCUAACAGCAUGAGGAUGAAAUAUCAACACCUCGCUCCUGUGCUGGACUGCGCCUUCUACGAUCCGGGUCGCGCGUGGAGCGGCGGUCUGGACAACCAGCUGAAGACUCAUGAUUUAAACACAGAUCAAGACACGAUCGUCGGGACUCACGACGCUCCGAUUCGCUGUGUGGAAUAUUGUCCGGAGGUGAACGUCAUGGUGACGGGCAGCUGGGAUAUGUCCGUGAGACUGUGGGACCCCAGAACCCCCUGUAACGCCGGAACGUUCACCCAGCCGGAGAAGGUGUACACGCUGUCUGUGGCCGGGGAUCGUCUCAUCGUUGGAACGGCGGGACGGCGUGUGCUGGUGUGGGAUUUGAGGAACAUGGGAUACGUGCAACAGAGACGAGAAUCCAGCCUGAAAUAUCAGACGCGCAGUAUACGAGCUUUUCCAAACAAACAGGGUUACGUGUUGAGCUCUAUUGAGGGCAGAGUUGCGGUGGAGUAUCUGGACCCGAGUCUGGAGGUGCAGAAGAAGAAAUACGCUUUCAAAUGUCACCGACUGAAGGAGAACGGCAUCGAGCAGGUUUACCCUGUCAACGCCAUCUCCUUCCACAGCAUCCACAACACAUUCGCCACAGGGGGUUCUGAUGGCUUCGUGAACAUCUGGGAUCCGUUCAAUAAGAAGCGUUUGUGUCAGUUCCACCGGUACCCCACCAGCAUCGCGUCUCUGGCGUUCAGUGUGGACGGUUCUCUGCUGGCCAUCGCUUCAUCAUACAUGCAGGAACAGGGGGAUAUUUCACACCCCGCCGAUGCCGUUUACAUCCGUCAGGUCACAGACGCAGAGACCAAACCCAAGUGA